AUGGGAGUGAUGAUUGAUCUAUUGGGUGAUCGUGGUAUGGUUGAUUUGGGGAUAAGGAAAGAAGCUACUAUAGAGGAGACAGUUUGGAGGUUCAGACGUAGAAGAAGGCACCGUUUUGAGAUUCUAAAUGAGGUGGAGAGUAAUCUGGACUCUGUAAGAGAGAAGAUUUGUAGUGACAGUGAUGAUGUAAGCUUGUGGAGAGGGAAGACGGGUUAUAAAUCUUGUUUCUCUACUAAAGAGACUUGGUUAUAUCUGAGAAGAAAUAGUGUGCAGCUAAAGUGGACUCGUGGAGUCUGGUUCUCGAUGGCUACCCCGAGAUUUGCUUUUAUUGUAUGGCUAGCUAUGCAAAAUAGGCUAUCAACAAUGUAUAGGGUUGUGAGAUGGAGUCAGAGAGCAGAUGUAAAGUGUGUGCUUUGUAAAAAUGAUGUGGAGUCCGGAGAUCACUUAUUUUUCAAAUGCGCAUACUCGGCUCAGCUCUGGUGUUCUCUUGUAAGUGGUAUUCUUGGCAGAAGCUACUCGGAGAGUUAG